UCUUUAGUCAUUCCUUUUCUAUCGUUCAUUCUACGGUGACAAGGCAAGCGUACGUGGUCGACAUGGCUCAAGGUAAACAGAAAUUUAAAGCUCAACGACCCGGUGGUGGGAAGAAACCGAGCCAGAAACCAAAAGGAGCCAAGAAAGGAGCGAGGACAAUCGCACCAAAGAAAACACAAGUCGUCCAGCAACAGAAACUAAAGAAGGGUCUGGAGGUGGCCAUCAGGAAAAAGAUUGAGCAGGAGGUGGUCCAGAAGGCCAGCACCUCCAUGCACAAGCGGCUCAACGUGCUGAAGGCCCCCGAGGGCAAAGGAGCGGGCGGCCCCCCUCGCCCCAACGCCCCCACCUCUGCCGCUGGGUCAUCCAAAUAACACACACACACACACACACACACUGUGUGUAGUAGACUGUGGUCCGGCUCCCUACUCUGAGGGGUUUAGCGUUUGAACACUUUCCAAAAGAUAUACAGUUGUUGUUUUGAAACUGUAGUUUUGAAUUAAUGUAAUUAGGAGCAUCAGUUUUAGGGGGGCGAAGUCUGAAGUCUGAAGUCGGAGGUGUUGCUCUUGUAGCAGGUCUGAAAAACUACUGUGUGGUUGUGAUUUUGUUGUUAUCCGAACAUUGCAGCUACUGCUGUUGGUGUUUUGUAUUAAAUGGAUGUCUAGUAUAUAUAUAUAUGGCCACUAGGUGGCACCCUAGAGCUGUAUGAUUCCAGCUCUGGCCAAACUCAUGCACCACAAAGGAGAAAAGUUCUUAUCAAUCCAAGCUUUUCUGUACAGAGAUCUUUUAUGAAAUGACACAUUAAAAAUAUUAUCCAACA